ACAUCAGAAACGGAAUCAAAUGCACACCUGAACUUCAUUUUACUGGGGAAAAAACAAGCUGGGAAGAGUGCAUCAGGAAACACAAUACUGGGACGAGAGGUUUUCAUGUCAAAGAAAAGCUCCAAAUCAGUCACUCGAGAUGCAGCUGUGAAAUCUGGGACUGUUAAUGGGUUUCCAGUCACUGUUUACGACACGCCUGGAUUCUAUGACCCAAAGAUGAGUACAGAAGAGAUUCAGAAGAUACUGGAUAAGGUUCUUCUCAAAUGUGAGUCUGGUCCCUGUGCAUUUCUGCUGGUUAUCAAAGCUGAUAGUUUCACUGAAGAAGAGAUAAAAACUGUGGAGAAGAUUGAGAAGCUGCUGGGAGAAGAAUGCCUGAAUAAAACCUGGAUUCUCUUCACCAGAGGAGACGAACUACAAGAGGAAAACAUGACCAUAAAUGAAUUCAUCAACGACACUGAAGCACUGAAGAAACUCAUUCAGAAAUAUGAUCAGCGAUACCAUGUGUUCAACAACAAGAUAAAAGGACAUAGUGACCAAGCUCGAUUACUGCUGGUAAAAAUUCUUCAGAGAUCUUUUGGAGUAAAGGGUGAGUCUUUACAUCUGUUUCCUUUUUUUUUUAAAUCAUCAGAUGGAGGAGGACUCAGACGGAUUCAUGUCAGUCCAAACACUCGUAAUGAACCAGACACUCCUGUCUCAAGUCACUCAUCCAGAAGGAUUGUUCUUCUGGGUAAAACUGGUGUUGGGAAAAGUGCAGCUGGAAACACUAUACUGGGAAAGAAAGAGUUUAGAUCUGUGCUGAAAAUGAACUCAGUAACCCGUGGAUGUUCAGAGAAACACACCACUGUUUCAGGCAGAUCUGUGACUGUAGUUGAUACUCCUGGAUUCUUUGACACACAACUGAAACCUGAAGAGUUAAUGACAGAGAUAGCACAAAGUGUUUAUUUAUCCAGUCCUGGACCUCAUGCUUUUCUCAUUGUGUUCAGAGUGAUUGACAGAUUCACUGAACACGAGCAGCAGAUUCCUCAGAUGAUUGAGAUGACGUUUGGUGAGGAGGUGUUAAAAUACUCCAUCAUUCUCUUCACUCAUGGAGAUCUGCUGAAAGGACGACAUAUAGAGAACCUCACUGAGGAGAACUGUGCUUUUAGACAUCUACUUGAACAGUGUGGAGGCAGAUUUCACGUCUUCAACAAUGAAAAUCAGAAUAGCGAGCAGGUGAAUGAUCUACUGCAGAAGAUUGACUCAAUGAUAGAGCAGAACGGAGGAGGAUACUACAGUAAUCAGAUGUUUGAAGAUGCUCAGAGAUAAACA